UUAUUAGCUGAGGGCAGGAUAGGCUUCCCUGAAGAGAUAGGUUUUCAGAGAUCUCCUAAAAGUGAGCAGAGCAGGCGAUAGUCUGAUAAAUUGGGGUAGAGAGUUCCAGAGGAUGGGGGAAGCUCUGGAGAAGUCCUGGAGAUGUUCUUUGGAGGAGUCAAGGGAGCUAGAGAGCAGGAGGUCGUGCAAGGAACGGAGAGUACGCACUUGGGCACUGCCCAAGGGCCUGGGGUCAGUAGGGGGCCCCAUGAAAUGCCCCUGGUACCUUUUUAUAGGCUUUGUUUGAGUGUUGGCAAGGACACAGGGGCCCCAUGA